UUUCUUUCUUUAUUUAUUUUUUCAGCACCACGACAGCUCCAGUCACUUGUGUGUGGGCUGCAUGGAAGCGACGCUCAACACGCGGCAAGAUCAGGUUAAAAAACCCCGACUCAUAUUGAUCUGUGGAUGAACCACGAGUUCACAGCGCGGACGCAAAGCUUCCUCCAUCCCCUCCUUCUCCUUGAUGCCUGAGUUAUCUCGCUUUGUGGCCUGACUGAGAAGACCAACCUCCUUUAACUGCAUUGCCUCUGCGUCUGCUGGCUUUUGGCUCCUCAUUCUCCUCUGUUACUGGCAGCUACGUUGUCGAGAAAGUGAUUUUUUUUAUUAUUAUAAUUAUUAUUUUUGUAGAGAGCGUUGAAGAGAGAGUGGACUGACCUGUCCGAAGUUUUUCCUUUCAUUUUUCUCCCGCUUUUUAUUAAAGCUCUCCUCCUAUGGCGAAAUGCUUCUGUUUAGUUCCCUGAUUUAAAACAAAUCCGGGAACUGAGGAGCAGGAUUCAUUUUCAUGCCAAGUAGGCUAGUGGAUAUUACUUUAGGAUGCAGGGGGGGAGAUGAAGUUGAAUAGUUUAAGUGGCCUUUGGUGCAUAAUCUGAGAUGAGAUAGAUGACCUGCAUCUGCAACGUUGGCUGAAUUCCUCACACCAGAGUUGAUCAUUUUCUAUGGGGAACAUAUUGAGCUCAAGAUGAGGUGCAUUUGUGACUUUUUGAACUGCACCUAAGAAAAAGAGAGGGGGGUGUCCCUCUGUACUGCUUCUACGGGAAGAGACGCCUUUUCCUUUAGCCGUCUUAAGAUUUAGAGUUGUUGCAUCAAAGUGAACAUUUGGAAAACAAAGAAGGCAGUUUCUUUUUCUUCUAUCCUCCUUGUCGCUGACAUAAAAAAAUAUAUAUAUUCCACAGAACGACUUAAAAAUGAAGAAGUUUCGAAAGGUGUUGGACGGUUUGACCACGUCCUCUCCGGGAGGGACUAUAGGGUCCCCAUCGUGUGGGAGCGCGGCCGGGACUCCUACCGCGGCGCCAACUCCUAAGGAAAUCGACGUCCAGGAGACGCUGGUCUCGGAAAACUUUCAGUUGUGUAAGACUGUCCGGCAUGGAUUCCCAUACCAGCCCACAGCUUUGGCCUUUGACCCUGUGCAGAAGAUUCUGGCCAUUGGUUCAAGAUCAGGUGGUGUACGAAUACUGGGCCGACCCGGGGUGGACUGCUACUGUCAACAUGAGAGCGGAGCCGCUGUUCUUCAACUUCAGUUUCUCAUUAAUGAGGGGGCACUGGUAACAGCCUGUGCAGACGACACACUACACUUGUGGAACCUCCGCCAGAGACGACCCGCUGUCUUGCAUUCACUCAAAUUCAACAGAGAGAGGAUCACCUUUUGCCACCUACCGUUUCAGAGUAAAUGGCUCUACGUGGGGACGGAGCGUGGAAACACACAUAUUGUCAACAUAGAAUCCUUUAUUUUGUCUGGAUAUGUUAUCAUGUGGAACAAGGCCAUAGAACUAUCAACUAAAACCCAUCCAGGACCCGUUGUUCAUCUGAGUGACAGCCCGAAGGAUGAAGGCAAGUUACUUAUAGGGUUUGAAGGUGGAACCAUUGUGCAGUGGGACCUCCGGGCCAAGAAGGCUGACUUCAGAAUUUACUAUGAUGAGGCUAUCCAUUCAGUCAGUUGGCACCAUGAAGGGAAACAGUUUAUGUGCAGUCACUCUGAUGGGAGCCUAACACUAUGGAACCUUAGAAACACCACCAAGCCAUUCCAAGUCACCUUUCCUCAUGGAAAGAUACAGAAGGAUGGGAGAAAGGAGUCAUGCAAACCAAUAUUGAAAGUGGAGUACAAGACCUCAAGGAGCAGUGAGCCUUUUGUCAUCUUCUCUGGUGGUCUUUCAUAUGACAAGGCGGGACGACGACCAGCUUUAACCAUCAUGCACGGCAAGGCCAUCACCGUUUUAGAAAUGGACCACCCUAUUGUAGAAUUCAUGGUCCUCUGUGAGACGCCGUACAAUAAUGAAGUCCAGGAGCCUUAUGCUGUGGUGGUGCUCUUGGAGAAAGACUUGAUUGUGGUGGAUCUCACACAGAGCAACUAUCCUGUGUUUGAGAACCCAUAUCCCAUGGACAUCCACGAGUCUCCUGUAACCUGCACGGCUUAUUUUGCAGAUUGUCCACCAGACAUUAUCCCCAUUCUCUACUCAAUAGGAGCUAAACACAAGAAGACCGGCUACAGUCAAAAGGAGUGGCCAGUUGGUGGUGGAACAUGGACAUUAGGCUCCCACACUUAUUCAGAAAUCAUCAUCACAGGACAUGCUGAUGGGUCAAUAAAGUUUUGGGAUGCAUCUGCAUUCACGCUACAGAUGUUGUACAAGCUAAAGACCUCCAAAGUGUUCGAGAAGCCAAAGCCAGGUGAUGGUCGGGCUGCUGAGAUGGGGGAGGACGAUCCUUUUGCUGUCCAGAUGGUUAGCUGGUGCCCUCAUAGUCGCAUCUUCUGUGUGGUCGGCAUCUCGGCACACAUUAUUCUGUAUCGCUUCAGUAAAUAUGAAGCCAACACUCAGACAGUGUCCUUAGAAGUGCGUUUGCAGUGUGAACCGGAGGAUAUUAUUACUCCAUCUGAGAAUGAAAACAAUCCCUGCUUCUCAGAGCCCACAUCUCACUCACCCCAAACCCACUACCAACAUCCUGUUAGCCCUGGCAGCAGAACACCCGACGGAGCUAAAGACAGCGUCCCCUCUCUCAAAGUGAAGGAAAAAAUGGUUCGCGUCCCUCCUGGCUAUCAGUCAGACUUGGUCAUCCAGCUGCUGUGGGUAGACGGUGAGCCACCACAGCAAAUCACCAGCCUGGACAUCAAUUCUGCAUAUGGCUUGUUGGCGUUUGGGAAUUGUAACGGGCUUGCGGUGGUUGACUACUUACAAAAAACAGUUAUAUUGUGUAUUUCAACACUGGAUCUAUACGGAGCCACCGACCCCUACCAACGCCUUACCCGUUCCCCCCGUAGGAACCGGCAGUCCACCUCAGAGCAUUGCAUGCGCGGCCUGUCUAACUUUUAUUCAGAUUCAAAGAAAAGGAUCCGUACAUCCUAUCAGAGCCUUACUGAACUCACUGACAACCAGCAGUCCAUAGACAUGGAGAGAAGCAAGUCACCCACUUCAGUUCAUUACCCAACCUCCCUUCACAAUGACCCACGCAUCCUGCCAGAACCGGUGGCCAGUCUGAGAGCCAGCCACUGCAGUCCAGUCUUUUACUUACUGGACAAUGUAAAGGGACCCGGCAGAAAGUUAAGUCUGCCCACAGAUCUUAAGACUGAUCUUGAUCAUGUCAAUGGACAUUGCACUAGUCCCACCUCUCAGCCCUGCUCGGCGGGGAAGCCUCGCAUUCCGAUGGGUCCCGAGGGGCCACGGCUAACCCGCAGAGGCCCUGGCCGACCACCCUUCCGAAAGGCCCAGUCUGCUGCUUGCAUGGAGAUCUCUUUGCCUGUGUCCCACACUGAAGGGCAUGCAUCAAGAAGGGCAAUGCUUCAGCAGUUACAUGGAGUCACUAUGUACUCCCAUGACGAACACCACACCACCACCUCGUACUGCUGGAAUGAGAGAGAGAGCCGUGAAAACUCCUUCAGCCGCUCUCGCAGCUCCAGCGUGUCUAGCAUUGACAGGGACACCAAAGAAGCUAUCACCACACUGCAGUUUGGAGAGUCCUAUGGACGAAAGCAUGAUGCCCUCCCCACACCAUGUCUGUGGGUGGGAACUAGUUUAGGAGUGGUCAUUCUCAUCCCACUGUCGAUCCCCACUGACCAUGAGGAGCGGAUGGAGGACCCUGUCACAGUUGGCCCUAGUGGGGCAGUCCUAAUGUUGAAAGGCUCUGUGCUUCGUUUUGCUUUCUUGGACUGCAAUGGAGCUCUUAUUCAGAGCCCAUAUGAGGUUUGGAGGGACCUGAAUGCUCCAGAGGACCCUGAUCGACCAAGGAGGCGCAAGCUGGUCCACUUUUCCCCAUCCUCUUCCCAGGAUGCCUUUGGGGAAGGACAUUUGGCAGUGGUGUGCUCUGAGAGGCAGGCCAAAGUGUUCCUGAUGCCCUCACAGUCUUGCCUCUUUGUCCACAACAUCACAGAGUCAUCCUUUGUGCUCCGAGCAGAUGUGGUAUCUCUGUGCAACAGUGUGUGUUUGGCAUGCUUCUGCGCUAAUGGACAUGUCAUGACACUCAGUUUGCCCAGUUUAAGACCGCUGAUGGAUGUCAAUUACCUGCCUCUGACAGACAUGCGCAUUGCAAGAACCUUUUGUUUCACCAAUGAGGGGCAGGCACUGUAUCUCAGCUCCCCAACAGAGAUCCAGAGAAUUACAUACAGCCAGGAGAUGUGUGACAACCUGCAGGAAAUGCUCGGGGAGCUGUUUACUCCAAUUGAAACACCAGAAGCUCAAAACAGAGGAUUUUUAAAGGGGUUCUUUGGAGGAAAUGCCCACACAUUCGACAGAGAGGAACUCUUUGGUGAAGCAGCAGCUGGGAAGGCUUCUCGGAGUUUGGCGCAGCAUAUCCCCGGUCAGGGAGGUGUAGAGGGAAUGAAGGUUGCAGCCAGUGGAGUAGUCGGUGAUCUGGCACGGGCUCGCAUUGCUCUGGAUGAGAGAGGCCAAAGGUUGGGGGAGCUGGAGGAGCGAACUGCCUUGAUGAUGACAAGUGCAGAAACGUUCUCCAAACACGCUCAUGAGCUGAUGCUGAAAUGCAAGGACAAGAAGUGGUACCAGUUCUAAAACCAGGAUGCAAGCACGAGGCUGACGCUGGCCUGUUAGGAACUUCAUCCUGCAGCAGGACUUUCACAUGUGAAACGAAAGCAAUCAGAAGAGACAUGAUAGUAACUUUGUCUUUCCCGCUUUUAGAAUCACCUGCGUGUUCUUCGGUGUCACUUUGCUGAAGGACAAGCAUGGGUUUGUUUCUCUUCUAGACAGGGGUUGAUACAGACUGUUGGAGAACGCCAAUGUUUGAUGCUCUAAAGAGGAACCUGGAAAAUUCCAACGAUUCUGUGUGAGUGUCUGUGCGUGCGUGUGUGUUUGUCUGAAAGUGAGCUCGUGUGAUAGGGUUUUCUGGAUCUUACUGUGUAGAUACUCAAAAGUUAUGAAACCAACAAGAAAUGCAUGAAACAGCAAUGGAUGAGUAUUAAAAAUAUCCAACUGCCAUAUUAAAAAUCAGCAUGCUUAUUUAACAGAUUUAAAAUUAUGACGAAAAGAAACUUUUAUUUAUGAUGUAAGCCAAUGACAGAAACUAUGAAAAUCUUUAUAUUUUUGAGAUACAGGCAAAAAAUAUAUAUAUAUAUCGAAAAAGGGAAACGUAUAACUGCAUUGCUAUUAAGCCAAAAUAUGUUACUUUCCCUUUUUUUAAAUUUAAUUUCAGGUUGAUUUUAUUAGUAUUAGUAAGCAAAUAUUACUUGAUACAAUAUAAAUGCACAUGAAUAACCAUCUACACAACCUUAAAAUAAUGUAAUAUUGAAACUUUCUUAUAACUUUAUUUACUCUGGGCUGCACAGUGCAAGUUUAAAAAAAAUAAUAAUAACACUUAACUCUGCUCAUACCCAAGUGUUUUCACUUUUUCAGCUUAGGUUACAAAGAGGGACAUCUCAGUACUCAAAAGUUGUAUGAAAGCAGAAACUGGAGUGACUUAGGAUAAGGAGAGUCUAUUCUGAAUCGUGUGUUUAUAUCUGUUGUACAAACCUAUAUACAAUUUGUGUGCCAUAAAAAGCGAGUAGGAGGAAUGUUAUCACUGGAAGCUUAACAGGAGGAGGUAAUGUGUGGGAGGGAUGGAUCUUAAAAUAAUACACAGGUUUUUUUUUUUUCUCUAUCCAUGUGAGGGCAGAGGAUGUUUUUGAUAUGGUUGAAAUGGCUUUGAGGCGAGGGAUCCAUCAUGUUAGAGGGUGACAUAAGCAUUUGCUAAAGAAACAGUUCAGUAGUCUUUAAACCAAUAAGCUUUAAUGCUUAUCUUUGCGUUUGUUUAGUUUGGAUUCGCUGAAAAAAAUAUUUUUUUACUUCAGACUGAAUUAGAUUGUGUUUUGUUCAAAUAUAAAAUACUUCAAUUUGUCAAAUCUGAAGAUAAAUUGAUUUACAUGAAAAGGAAGUUCUUUAGAACACAGUUUAACACAUAUAACAUGUCUCUGUUCUUAAAAACACAAAAGAGAGAAUCUUAUGCUUUGUUUGAAUCUACAACCAUUUUACAUUGAGCAAAAGCUUAAAAAUGGGGACAAAAAGAUGAGCGUUCCCAGUGCACCACUCAUGCAGGUCCGCUAUGAGUGUUUAUUUACGUCCGUCUUUAACUGCUGUUCUUAGAUGUCAGUAUUAAGCAGGACUUUUUUUUGUUGUGUGCGUGUUUAAGAAAGAUUUCACAUAUGACUUAUUUUCUUUCAUUUCAAUCAAAAGAAAAUUGCACCCUCCCUUCUCUCUACAACGCAUUGAUGUGCAUUAUUCCAUGUGAAGCCUAAACAGACAUUUCCUCUCAACAGAGCAACAUGCAUGGAGAUAUAACCAGUUUCUCCAAUAAAAGUGUGAGCUUGGAUCAGUUACAUCUCUGCUGUCUGUGAGUAGUGUGACUGUAAACAGUUCAGGGGAAAUAACAGUAUUUUUUUAGUGAUGUUCAGAUGUUGAGUCAGUGAGGGAAAAAUGUGUAUAUGUGUAAACAUUUGCAGCAAUUUCAACUGAAGGCAAAAAAUUUUUUUUUUCUUCCCUUUCAAGAUUGUUCUUACUGACUAUGAAAACCUUGUGUCUCAGUCAAAUAUUUGAUGGUUACAGCCUCUUCACUGUGGGCGUAUGUAUUUUUAAAAGCAACUAAUGUUUCAUGAUACAUGGUUGUGUAUCAAAUUGUGAUUGUGUUGUACGUCAGUGGGUAGCCACACGACACAGACUAACGGCGUCAAGCGAGAAGGAUAUUUCGUACUUGUGUACUCGUCUGUAUUUUAAACUAAUCUGAAAAAGAAAAAAAAAGUUAUGGAGUACCAACUUUCAUCACUCACACGCUAGUUCAGGACAUCAAGCUUAAAUUAAGUUGCCAUGGUCAUCUAGAGGCCACUCUCAUGUGCAAAAUCCAAAACAUGCUGAAUUAAUUUAAAGUCCGAAAAACAAAUAUACAGACUCAUGUCAGUCAUUUCCAUCAGCUUUCUCAAGCUGCUGAGACAUUCCUUAGAUAUACACAAUCCUCAAACACAGGUGCUUUAAGCUAACGAUCCUGACAUUUAACAGUAGAACUACAUAGAUAAAAGAAAAACACCCCAUUUCAAUCGAACAUCUGGGUUGACAUGUAAUAAUAAUAAUAUUAAUAAUAAUAAUGAUACAUCACUCUCCUAUCUCUGUACCGUCAGUGACAUUUGUACUUUGUGCAGUUCUUUCAGUGGCAGACAAAUUGCAUUAAAGAAAACAAAACCAAAAUUCAAAAAGGUAAAAUAAACACACACACAAAAAAAAACAAAAACAAAAAAAAAACCGGACUUCUGCUUACAGGGUGUUUUGUUAAGAUUUCUUUUUGUUUAAUUUGCUUUUUUUUUGUUUGUAUGUUUUCUGUUUUUAUAUCUACUGUACAGUUUAACUUUGAUUGAAGAGCAAAACACUCACACACAAAAAAAAAGAGAGACUCUUGGGAUAUUUUCUGUAUUUGUUCUACCUGUUACUGCUGGUACUGUACUAUCUGGUAUUCUGGCUGUCUAAAUCACUGGAACUAUGUAGUUCUCCACUCUGUAGUAUGCUGUUAUGGCAAUUAUUUGGUUUUUCCCAAUAACGGCGACAACGUUUGUCUUAUUUCAAUGGAUUCCACUUUUCGUUCUUGAUAUAUUCUAGUGUAACAGAAACUACUUGAUUAAAAAGGUCUGAAAAUAUGUUGAUGCAAAAGCAAAACUGAAAUAAACAUUGAUUGAUGUA